AUGGUCUCAAACUGUACAAGGGCUGCUCACCCAGUAAGAAUGUGUACCUGUCGUCAUUUUACCCAAACGGGCUUAGCGGCUAGUUUCGGUCAUCGUGGCCUGAAGGACACGCCCGCCUCUGUAUACGGCUCCACCUCAGUAUUUACUCCCUCGGACCACCCUCCCCUGCAACCUUCAAUCCUCACGACUUUCGUCUUCUAUAUUCAAAUCCUCUCUUACCUCCCGACCCCUUCUCCCGCCAUGGCCCAGAUCCGUGGCACUGCGGGCUACAAUCUCGGCCACCAGAACCCGUUCGGUGGGCCCAGUAGCGCAGACGCCUCCAGCGACCCCAGUCCGCUCGACGCCAUUCGCGAGCAGACUAGCAAGAUUGAAGAUUGGCUGGAUACUAUAUCUGAUCCAGUGAAGCCAUACCUCCCUGCAAUUGGCCGCUUCCUCAUUGUUGUCACAUUCAUUGAGGACUCCCUGCGCAUCCUCACACAAUGGAGCGACCAGCUCGUCUACCUCCGCGAUUUCAGGAAGAUUCCAUGGGGAAUCACCCACCUCUUUCUUAUUAUCAAUGUCAUCGCUAUGGUCACCUGCUCUACUCUCGUCAUUGCCCGCAAGCGCACUGAGUUCGGUGUCUUCGGAUUGCUAGCCGUUGUUGUUACUCAAGGUCUCGGGUACGGCUUGAUCUUUGAUCUCAACUUCUUCCUGCGCAACUUGAGUGUGGUCGGUGGUCUUCUGAUGGUCCUGUCCGACUCGUGGGUACGCAAGAAGUUCGUUCCCGCCGGUCUGCCCCAGCUGGACGAGAAGGACCGCAAGAUGUACGUGCAGCUUGCUGGCCGUGUCCUGCUGAUCUUCCUGUUUGUCGGCUUCGUUUUCUCCGGCCAGUGGAGCUUGGGCCGUGUCCUGGUCAGCAUUUUUGGCUUCGUCGCGUGCGUCAUGGUCAUUGUUGGUUUCAAGGCUAAGUGGAGCGCCAUUAUUUUGGUCGUACUCUUGAGUGUGUUCAACUUGCUUGUGAACAACUUCUGGACUCUCCAUCCACACCACCCGCACAAGGAUUUCGCCAAGUACGACUUCUUCCAGAUUCUAUCAAUUGUGGGUGGUCUGUUGCUGCUGGUUAAUAUGGGCCCUGGCCAAUUGAGUAUGGAUGAGAAGAAGAAGGUUUACUAG